UGGAGUCAUACUGCAAUUUCAUAUCUAACCUUAAAAAAAAUGAAAAAUUGAUUAGAAAAUAAUCAACAACUGCGCGAGAUCAUUCACUGAUUCUCAAAGUGUAAUUGUUGAUCACUUUGUUGUUGAUGUGAGUCUCGAGGGCGUGCGAUAGGACGAGCAAAACAAAACAAAAACAUUUAUUACCGCAGCACAAGUAAUUUUGAUCCUAAUUGGGUGGGAGUUUACACUACGUCAUGGCUCCGAGUGCUCCGAGUGGAUGUGUGAGUCAAUCGCUGCAUUCUGUGGGUUAGAAAAUAGGAAAUUCACGAGUGAAGAUGAGUGAAACUGAGGCGAAUGAGAGUGUCAGUGAAACAGGCGCCGAGAGGACGAGUGAGAGUGAUGAAUCCAGGGAAAAGAUUUGGAAGAAUGAGUGGAUGCUGAGGCCCUGUGACAUGUACUACUCGGAGUACAAGGUUUGUGACUCUCUCAGGGGGAAGUUUAACCAGCUUUUCGUUGAGGGACAGGUUCUUGACUGCAGCCAGUGGAAGGUGGAUUAUGAAAACUGUACCAAGUGGAAGAAAUCGGAUGAUGAACAGGCUUAUGAGGACCUCCUGACUAGUGAAAAAGCCCGCAGACGAGAGAGACUGAAACCGCAUUAUUUGAAUGACGUGUGGACAAGGAGAGAAGCACCUCCAGCAGACUGGAAUGCACCCCUACCCCAGUGGAUAGUGAAACGUGACGGGGGAACCUUCCUCGCGGGGAAGCAACAGGAGAUGAACACAACUGGAGAUAGAGAAAUGGAAUUAUAUAUACCUUCAUGUACAAUACUUUAGCAGUAAAUAGAUGAAACCGUA